UACUGUUCAGUCCUGCUAGAUCACGCCCAUCCGGGUGAUUUGACAGUUUCCCACAAUGCACCGGGGGAGUCUCAAGGCGCCUUUGCAGCAAUGGAGGGAAGCUGCUCGACUCCAAUGAGAAACAUCUAAUGUGUGUUAUAGACACGCUGGAUUCACCGCGUUUCUCUCAUUCCUCUGCUUAACGUCCUUUAACGGCUACUGACGCCAACAUGGCUCCGUUCAACUUAAUCACAGCAAGUGUUAGCUUGUUGGCGAAGUCCUUCAGUGUGUUCUCCUGCACAACAAGCACCCUGGCGAGGUGUACCAGUAUCCUCCCUGCUGCAUACGUCAACCCGGUGAAAUGCUUGACCACUCAGGCCAGCGGGCCUCCAAAGAGACCCUUGAACGGAUACAUGAGAUAUGUCGUGCAACAGCAGCCAGCCAUGACCAGACAAAGCCCAGAAAUCAAAAUGGUGGAUGUCGUCCGGAAGAUCGCCCAGCAGUGGAGAACGAUGAGCCCAGAACAGAAACGGCCUUUUGAAGAAGCCUCUCUGCGGGCCAAGGAGCAGUUUAAGGUGGACCUCCAGCGCUACCAGGCCCAGCUGACCCCAGCACAGGUCCAGCAACAAGCCUUGGAGAAGAGGCAGAGGCUGGCCAAGAGGAAGGCCAUCCGCAAAAAGAGGGAGUUGACCAACCUGGGGAAGCCCAAGCGUCCUCGCUCUUCGUUCAACAUCUUCAUGUCGGAGCACUUCGAGGAGGCCAGAGGAACCACCACACCGACAAAGAUGAAGUCACUGUUGGAGGACUGGAAGAAUCUGUUCAGUCAUCAGAAACAGGCCUACACGCAGCUGGCCGAGGACGACAAAAUCCGCUACAAGAACGAGAUGAAGUCGUGGGAGGACCACAUGAUGGAGAUCGGACGAGAGGACCUGAUCCGAGAGCAGACCCGGACCGCCAAGAAAAGAUCCGCUGCUAAAACUCCGGCGGCCAAGAAAGGAACAAAAAAGGCUAAAGCGGUGACGAAGGUCACCGCUAAAGGAAAGUCAAAAACGAGCAGGAAGACGACAAAAAGUAGCUCUGUGAAAACUGUCAGGACUACUAAGAAGACAUAAGAUGUGUUUAUCUACUAGAGUCUAGCGGAGAAGAAAGAGGGUUCAUGACAACUAGAGACAGUAGUUGUGAUGACCCGGGGCCAGGCUCUGCUUGGUUCAUUUUUCCCAGUCGUCAUGCCUCUUAGGUUCAACAGGGCAAAAGCUUUGACAGCAUUCAGACGGAUCAAGAUCAUUUCACAAUAACCCAUAAAAAACUUGAAAACUGCACCAGGCACAAUGUGAUCUUAUUGUCACUCUACAAAUACACAUCCUGGCUCUGAUUGGUCAGUUGAGUUGAUGGAUUGUUGAAGGUUAGUUAAAGUGAGUUACUUGAUGAAAUGUAAUGAUUUCAGAAGCUUAGACAUGUGAGUGAAGUGUUAAAGUGAUUAUAGGAGGCAUAGAUACUGUUGUCUGCAAUGUUUAAAAGGUUUCACAACCCUGAGUGUAACCACAACAUACUUGAGGGGGAAUAUAAAGGUUAGUGUUGCAGCCCCCAAAAACAACCACAUGGUUCUAUUUUUUGGUAUUUCAUGAAGAGUAUUAAUGUAAAGAAUACGUCUGGUGUUAUUCUCUUUGUCUUGUCAACAAAUCCAAUGAAAAGUCCAAAACCAACAAUGUGUUAGUUCGUCUCUAUAUACCUACCUACGCUGUCUGUGACUCUCCGCCCCCACUCCCCCAAGCCAUCGGUUCCUACUGAAGGCAUACAUCUUUAAAAGCACCUCACAAAUAUAUAGUUUAAAAAAAAAAAAAAAAAAGGUCCGUAAUUUCCUAACACAUCUGGUCACUGUAGUUUUUAGCAAAAAGGAGGUAAUAGAGUAUUUGUAGGGGACUAUUUUCAGCGGCGGAUUAAUCCACAUUUGGCUCUCUAGUGAGUAUUUGUAUGUGGGAUUGAGUCAAAACAUUACAGUAUGUGUGUGUUCAUGGUAAUGAAGGAAGACAUCACUCAGUCACGUCAAAGCGGGGCUCAUUGAUGUGUUUGUAUUAGUUUGUGGACAACAACGGAGCUCUAUCACAUGAGGUUCCACCGAGUAGGGAACUCCCAAAGUAUUGAGAGACAAACUAAUACAUUGUUGGUUCCUGGAAUUGGCUGCACAGCAAGAGGGUCGCAGGUUCAAACCCGGCUUGGGGCCCUUCUGUGUGGAGUUAGCAUGUUCUCUCCGUGUUAUAGCGUGGGUUUACUCCGGUUUCCUCCCACAGUCCAAAGACAUGCAGGUUCAUUGUUGACUCUAAAUGUCCCGUAGGUGUGAAUGUGAGCGUGAAUGAUUGUCUGUAUGUGAUAGUCUGUAGACCUGUCCAGGGUGUACCCUGCUCCAGCAGGCCCCCCCCCCCACGACCCUGAAUAGCAUAAGUGGUUACAGAUCAUGGAUGGAUGGUUCCUGGAAUUUUCAAGGGGUUUUUGUUGACAAAAAAAUAAAUAAAAAGUAGAAUCCCAGCAGCGUGAUCCUGAACACGUCACCUAUGGAAGUGUUUCCUCUAAAGAUCAGACGGUACCACGGCUCCCAUGAACGCAAUCGAACUGAAUUUUUUGUCUCAUCGCUGUUGCUGAUUUAGCAUAAUAACUUUGUACAGUCACAACCUCAAACUGAAAUAAUGCUUUUUGUCAUUUAUGGCACAAGCAACAUUAUUGACUGACACUUAGUUUUUUUUAAACACCAAGUUUUGUUUUAAAGUUCCAAAUUAUGCAAUGUUCCAGUCGAGCUUUAUACAAGAUGCUUUUUGUUUAAUUAACUGCUGUAAAAAAAAAGAAAAAAAAAGUGUCAUGGUUUAUAAUAAAAUGACCUCUUUUUACCCCACAGCGCUUUCAUCCAAAUGAUAAUGUUCUGGUGGCAUAAAGGGUCAUCCACCCCUCGGAUGACUUCACUGUAUGAAGCUUCCUUUAUGCUUCAGGAAAUUAAGCCAGUCAGCUAAUCGUCCUAAAAUCAAUUCUUUCUGCUUUUCAUGUUUGUAUUGGGACACACACUUGUUAAUUAUGAGGGACAUAUUUUCAGAGUUUCAGAGUUUCUUUUGCUUGUAGAAUGUAUUUAGUGCUACUAUAUUCAGACCGCAUUAACUACUGCAUGUAUUCUUUUGUAUUGUGUGUUUACUGAAUAAAAAUUGACAUACAUCUUUCUA